CAGAUAUAGUGAAUGCAGGGUCCGGGGAGACCAGAUAUAGUGAAUGCAGGGUCCGGGGAGACCAGAUAUACUGAAUGCAGGGUCCGGGGAGACCGGAUAUAGUGAAUGCAGGGGUCCUGGGAGACCAGAUAUAGUGAAUGCAGGGUCCGGGGAGACCAGAUAUAGUGAAUGCAGGGUCCGGGGAGACCAGAUAUAGUGAAUGCAGGGUCCUGGGAGACCAGAUAUAGUGAAUGCAGGGUCCGGGGAGACCAGAUAUAGUGAAUGCAGGGUCCUGGGAGACCAGAUAUAGUGAACGCAGGGUCC